ACGGAGUCUAUCGAUGUUCUUCGUGAUUUUAUUUACGUUUUAAUUCGAUCUUAUUGUCGUUGUUUACAGACAAGUAAAAAAGAUCGAAGCUAAUAGUCGUCCUGAAGUAAUGUCAUGCGCAGUCAUUGACUUCUUAGUCAAUCGGUUAAUUAAAUUCGAUGUCCUGUUGUCUUCGGCGGAAUACAUGGAUAUUAAAUCACUGAAAUAUGAUAUUUGUAUUGGUGUUGUCAUUUACCAUCACUGGCGUUUGAAAUAAAGCGUAAGAAUCAUGCUAAAACCAGACGAAUUUAUCUCGACUUUCACUUUGACCAAACACCGGAAGUGCUCGUCGCAGAUGUAAACAACAUGGCAGGCAACUUUACGAUCGGUCAAGUCUUACCAGAGUUUCAAGAGUUAUUUGACGAAAUAUUUGAUGAUGAAGAUAGCGAUGAGUUUGACGGGUUCGAUAUUGAUGAGGAGAAUAACGACGGCGAUUUAUUGGGGUUAUUUGCUGAAGAUACCUGGAUAGAAGGCGGUAAAACUCCCAUGGGGUUUACAUUCACGGGGAAUGCUGGACCUAAGAACUUGCCUGAGCCAGAGACUGGAUCAUUAUCCAUUCUUGACUACUUUGAAGCGGUUUUCACAGACGGUAUUCUGGAUAAAAUUGUCACUGAAACCAACAGGUAUGCCAACAUUUAUAUCCAAGGACAUCCAGAGCCUACUCAGCACUCCCGCUUCAAGAAAUGGACUCCAGUGACCCAUGGUGAGAUGAAGGCUUUUAUAGCAGUGGCAAUUGCAAUGGGAAUUAUAAAGCAGAUUAACAUGCAGGACUAUUGGUGCACUGACCCUGUAGUAAGUACGCCAUUUUUUUCUUCUGUGAUGCCCCGUGAUAGGUUCCUGUCGAUCAUGAGUUUCUUGCACUUGUCCAACAACACUUUGGCUGUUCCCCGUGGCGAGGAAGGUUAUACUCCUCUUCAAAAACUUGGUUCUCCCUACCAAGAGCUUCUUCAGAGAUUCCAGGAAGUCUACAAUCCUAGUCAGUGUGUAGCAGUAGAUGAGGGAAUGAUUGCUUGGAGGGGAAAUUUGAAGUUUAGGGUGUAUAGUCCGGACAAACCAAUCAAGUACGGAAUAAAGCUUUACAUGCUCUGUGACUCUAAGAAUGGAUAUUGUUCGCGAGUGGAGCUGUAUACUGGUCGUCCAUCAGAAGUCAGCGAGUACGGGGUGACUUAUGAUCUUGUUAUGCGGCUGGCCGAACCA